AGAAGGACGACGACCAAGCGGCCAAGAUAAAAAAAAAAAAAAAAAAAAAGGUCUCUAGUAUCCCCUUGUCAAUGGCCAGCACACAACCAUCCCUGCAUUAUUUGAGCCUCAAAAAGUUACUCGGCCGAGCAGGAUGGCCCUCACGAGCCGCAUCUCACUCUACGGUCCUCCCUCCUCAGACCCCGAGGAUUAUCUCAGUUCCUCGCUAGGGGUUAUCUUCCCAGAUGAUGUGACAAACCAGCAUGGCGACGCAGAGCAUUCGCUGCUCUACACGUCUCCGCACCUGCCCAGGCCCUUGUACAUCGCGCUCGCGGAUCCGGAUCGGGAGGCCGACCGCAAGCUCUUUAGCCACUACUUGUGGAACGCGAGCCUGCUGCUUGCCGAGUUUGUCGAAGCCGACACCCUAGGCCUGCCCCUCGAUGUCGGCUUGCGCCGGCUCCAGCCCUCCGCCUUCGAUGUCGCUAACCUUGAGACACUCGAACUCGGCGCCGGCACCGCAUUGCCCAGCCUUAUGGCUGCCUUGCUCGGGGCCAAGAGCGUGGCCGUGACCGACUACCCCUCCGAGACUGUCUUAGAUACGCUGCGCAAAAACGUCGCGGCUAAUGCUAAGACCGAAAACUCGCCCAAGAACUCUCUCGCACCACUGACCGUCGAGGGUCACGCUUGGGGUGAGCUAGAAACCCCCUUCGCGGUAGAGCAUAAAGGCCGUUUUGAUCGUGUUUUCGUAUGCGACUGCCUGUGGAUGCCGUGGCAGCACACGAACCUGCAUAAGUCCAUCGCGUGGUUUCUCAAGGACUCCCCGGACGCCAGAGCUUGGGUCAUAGCUGGGUUCCAUACGGGACGCGCCAAGAUGCGCGGUUUCUUCGAGGGUGAACCCCUUGCCGCGGCCGGGCUCGAGGUUGAGAGCAUCUGGGAGCGCGAUUGUGACGGCGUCGAGCGCGAAUGGGUCUGGGACCGUGGUCACGAGGACAUUAGCGUACGGAAGCGGUGGCUCGUCGUCGGUGUGCUAAAGCGGAGAGCGGCAACAGCUGGAAAGUGAGGCAGUCACUAUCGACGAGGGGCUGAAGGCUCAAUACGUAGAUCACGUCCUAAAGCUCCCGUCCCGGCGAUCUUAUAUUUUGGAUCUCUAGGUGCCUGUUGGAUAGAUGAUAAUGCGAGGCUAUCUAUUUUCCACCCGACGAAUGCAUGGGCUUUAAUUAAACCCCUUGGCAAUAAGCUCAGGCAAAGUACAGUGUUGGGCACACAGCCGGCAGACCUAGGCUGUGUUAAAGUAAUCACUGAGCAGCGAAGAUACGCAUGUGCGAAUAGGUACCCCCAAGCGAGGUAACAUGGGACUACCGUAGGUACUAACUGAAAACUCCACUACAAAGGACAGAACUUUUGAAUUGCAGAAGCAUCAUGAGUUAGAUUAGGUACCUACAAAAAAAAAGAGGGAAAAAAAAGAAUAACGAUUGUGAACGACUUGAAGGCUUUUCGAUGGGUUCUUUCUAUUGCCUGCUGAUGCAAACUAUUCGUGACAAGCUCGCCAUCUACCAAAAGGCUAUAUACA